AACAUUUUCUCUUCCCCUUUCUCUCUCUCUCUCUUAAUCUCACUUUUCAAGUUUCCACUUUCUUUCUUCUUCCAAAUUUCCACUGAGAGGGAGAGGGAGAGGCAGUAUUAUCCCCCAAAACCCCCCUCAAUUUCAAGAAAAUGUCUCUUCGACCCGGCACUCGAACUGAAGUCCGCAAGAAAUCUUACAAAAUUGGGGUUGAUGCAGAUGAAGCCCGUAGAAGAAGAGAGGACAAUUUAGUGGAGAUCAGGAAGAACAAACGCGAAGAUAAUCUCCUCAAGAAGCGCCGUGAGGGUCUUCUUCUUCAGUCCCAACAAUUACCUGAUGCCCCUGCCGCUAUUGAGAAAAGGCUGGAAAGUAUUCCUCUUAUGGUCCAAGGAGUAUGGUCAGAAGAUCCUGCAGCACAAGUUGAAGCAACAACACAUUUCAGGAAGCUCUUAUCGAUUGAGCGCAGCCCUCCAAUUGAUGAGGUGAUUAAGGCUGGAGUUGUCCCUAGAUUUGUAGAAUUCCUCGGACGGCAUGACCUGCCUCAGCUUCAAUUUGAAGCUGCCUGGGCAUUGACAAAUGUUGCAUCUGGAACAUCGGAACAUACUCGCAUCGUGAUUGACCAUGGAGCUGUUCCGAAGUUUGUACAACUUCUUAGCUCUGCCAGUGAUGAUGUCCGUGAACAGGCAGUCUGGGCUUUGGGCAAUGUUGCUGGCGAUUCCCCAAGUUGUAGAGAUCUCGUUCUAAGCCAGGGUGCACUGAUGCCAUUGCUAGCUCAGCUGAAUGAACACUCAAAGCUUUCAAUGCUAAGAAACGCGACAUGGACUCUCUCUAACUUUUGUCGAGGCAAACCACCAACACCAUUUGAGGCGGUCAAACCUGCAUUGCCUGUUCUUCAACAACUUAUCCACAUGAAUGAUGAAGAAGUCUUGACAGAUGCUUGUUGGGCCCUUUCUUAUUUAUCUGAUGGCCCAAAUGAUAAGAUUCAGGCUGUAAUUGAGGCAGGUGUCUGUCCACGACUUGUGGAGCUUCUUCGUCAUCCGUCGCCUACAGUUCUCAUUCCUGCGCUCCGGACUGCGGGAAAUAUUGUCACUGGUGAUGAUGCUCAAACACAGUUUGUGAUUGACAACCAAGUAUUGCCAUGUCUCUGUCAAUUGUUAACUCAAAAUCACAAGAAAAGCAUCAAGAAGGAGGCGUGUUGGACAAUCUCUAAUAUCACUGCUGGAAACAAAGCCCAAAUACAGGCUGUUAUUGAGGCAAAUAUUAUUCCUCCAUUAGUUCACCUAUUGCAAAGUGCAGAAUUUGACAUUAAGAAGGAGGCGGCAUGGGCCAUCUCAAAUGCUACCUCUGGAGGAUCUUAUGACCAGAUUAGAUUCUUGGCAAGUCAAGGUUGCAUUAAGCCACUAUGCGAUCUCCUGAUAUGUCCAGAUCCUAGAAUCGUUACAGUAUGCUUGGAGGGGCUCGAGAAUAUAUUAAAGGUGGGCGAGAUGGACAAAGAAGCUGGCAUGAAUGGUGGAAUUAAUUUAUAUGCACAAAUGAUCGAUGAAUGUGAUGGAUUGGACAAGAUCGAGAAUCUCCAAACUCAUGACAACAACGAGAUCUAUGAGAAGGCCGUAAAGAUCUUGGAGAAAUACUGGGCUGAAGAAGAUGAAGAGCAAAUUCUCCCCGAUGGCAUUGAUGGGAAUCAGCAAGGUUUCCAAUUCGGAAACAGCCAGCCUAAUGUUCCUGCAGGUGGAUUCAAGUUUGGGUAGAAAGAUUAUAGCGAGUAUGUUUUGUUUUAUAGAUCUCUUCACUCGUGGAGCACAAUUUUAGGCGAUGUAAUCGGAUUUUCUUGUUGCCGAGGGUCAGGGUUUUUGGUCUGGCACAAAGGCCUUUUGAAUUAUUCGUGAAAUUUGCUGAAAAUGUAAUGUUUUAGUUUGUUUUUUUCUAUAUUUUUCGUUGUACUUUCAACAUCACGUUUCAAAAGCUGUUUCUUUAACUGGGUUUUUGAGUGAGGUACAGGAUAUUUUUAUACUUAAAUGGGUGAUAUGUGGUUA